CAUCAUGCAGGUCUGGCGCAAGGCACUGUGGGAAACUCCCAGGCUGUUCCUCCCUCCUUCCUUUCCCCUUGUUCCUCCUUCCUCCUCCUCUGCGGAACAUCCAGCUCCCAAGGUGUGACAUCAGCCAAGGCCAAGCAAGAGGCGGGAGUCAAGAGAAAGGGAUUCCAUAACAUGGUCCAGGCAGAAUAUAGUCUGAGCAGGACAUCCUCCAGGAAGACCAAAGGCCAAGCAAUCUGAAGCAGCCCUUUUGGAUUGGCUUGUGAGAACCAAGUGAAGAAGACAGCUCCAGUAGCCUCUUUCACAUCCUACGCUUGGCUUUGAUCUGGGAAGAGGAAUAGGAGUGAUUCUCAACUGCACGGGAGAGGGGUAUGGAGUCCAAAGGGAGCAUCCGAAGUGGAAACAAAGCUGAUGCCAAGGCCGCUGGCCUAGGGAAGCCUGAGAAGCCCAGUUCUGGCCCCACUGCAACUACUGAUAAGAAAGAAACCUCUUCAAAGGAGCCGUCAGCUCCCGCCACCAACCCAGUGAAAAAAGGGGUGCCAGCAGCAAACGAGUCCAGCAUGCUCAAUGACCAUAGCAACAUAAAACCCAGCCCCGUAGCCUCCGAGGGUGCAGAAGCUGCCGCUCGUACUCCCGCUGACUCUGAGCACCAAGCGAACAACACAGAAGAAUCACCAGGUGGCGGCUGCAGCAUCUUUGAGAAUAUGAAGCCUCUGAUUGUCUUUGGAGGAGUGGCGGUGGCUGCCAUAGCAGUGAUUGUUGGAGUGGCCAUCCUAGCCCGAAAAAAAUGAAACAAAACAAACCCCCAAGAAGCUCAAGGGGGAGCAAUUCCCUGGGCAAUGUACAGUUCCUUUUGAAGCAAAUGCAUGCGGUAAACUGUAUACAUACUUAUAAAUAUGCGGUCUAUAGAGAGAGUGCUAGGUAGGCAAAAUGGCAAUCCUGCCCACUGUUGUCUUCAAAAACAGUGAGUCAGGGUUGACCUAGUGUGAGCACUUUGUGCCCUUGUGCUCUAUUGUGUAAUAUAGCUUGGCUUGCACCACUGUGUAUAGAUGGGCUUUUUCUGGUCAGUGUAAGCUAUUGCUUUGUUGCCUUUCCAUAGCCCCUUUCCCCACCUUUUGUCCAGGUGUUCAAACUUUUCAUUCCAGUGUUUCUUUUAAGUUGGGUUGUGGUAGAACCAAUGAAAGGGAAAGCUCCCCAUCCGCAGGAUUGUCUCUUCUCACCUCUGUUCUCACACACCAGAAUGUACAAAGAUGUAAAAGGAGGUUUAACCUUUUCUCAUCUAAGUUAUGACUGGUGUCCCCAAUAUGAAUCAAGUAGCAAAAGUACACACUUAUCUGAAAUUGCAAAGUUUUACUUGGAGUCUGGCUGACUAACCCUCAGGAGUUCAAGAAGGUGACAUGACCUCCUGAGAUUUUCAUAGUGUAGUCUGAAACCCAAAAAACUAUGAUUUCAGCCUGGCACACCAACCUGCGAUAUAGCACUCAUGACCAUGGUGGUUUAGAACAGCCAACAAAUAGAAGGAGGGCACCAAACACAAAAACCCAUGCUAGAAAUGAAAAAACCUAGAACAAAUAGCUGAAAUGUAGUGAAGCCAUUCAUUUGAGUUGACAUUGGAUAUGUCUAGAGUUUUCUUCUUGCGCCUUUCUAGUCAAGUGAAAACUUGAGGCAUCUGAUCCUGUGAUGGCAAGCUAUCUUUGGCAAGCUAUCUUUGUAAAAUGUUACCGAGACAUUUUUAACUUUCCAAAUAUUUAAAUUGAUGUGAUUUGAAACCCGUGGAAGUGCAUAAACCCUUCUAUGUGUAUGGAUUUUAAACUGGAAGACUUCACACUAUUUUUGUGCAAUGAAUGAGGUGGAAGAAAAAAUAACAAACAGUUAUAAAUUUUUCUUACUUGUGCUACUAUGCUCCUUUGGACUGGAUAGAUGACUUAUGACUGGUUGCUAAAUCACAAUUCCACAGGUAACACUGGAGGUGACCAAAGGAAGGAUAUAAUCCUGUUUACUUUCCUUAAAAUAAUGUGGAAAUUGAAUCAUUGGAACCUUCUCUCUUCCUUUAUCAUUUGAACUGGUGGAUGUUUAGGAUGGCAAGAAAUGCUGAUACAGAGGUCUUCAGACAACUUUGCUAUUCUGGUGGCUUUCCUAAAAACCAAACUGAGAAGGGAAUGAAGAAAUCAAGUAUCAUUUUUGGACAAAUCUUCCAAAACUCUUUUCAGGACCACAAGAACGUUGGAACUAAUGCAGUGAUAAUGAAGUGACAAACAAGAAGCUUACAUUAGAAUCUCUAUUUUUGCUCGGACUGUAGAAAUGUGAAAGUGGCAAUUAGUGUCAGAUGACUCUUAUUAAAAAGAAAGCAGACUAAUCUAAUGAAAUUAGUCUUUAUAAAGCCUUUUUCAAUAUCAAAUCACAAAAGCAAUCAAGUAUGAUCUUGGUAAAAAGUGAAAUCUAAGUGCUAGAUUUUUAGCAUUUGAAGUCUAAUUCUAGACCCACAGUUUGAUCCCAAAAUAGAAUGAGAUGGUGACAGCGGCAGAAGUACAGUUUAUUAUUGUAAAGAACUUUCCCUCUUUCUCUCGUAUUUAAGGCUGUGAGGUAAUAGCUUAGGUCUAUAACGGAAUCAUUCACCGAAAGCCCUUGUUUAGCACUGUGGCCGCCCCCAGUCUGAAAACACCUGUAUUCUUGUGUGAAUGUAUACAACCUUCCCUAGCCCUAACUUAUUUGAGAAUAUCUGUGUGUCUAUAUUGCUGUUUCUUGAAGUCUUUGUAAGGCUACAAAGCCUGUGGUCUUUGUAGAAAAAAGCACCAGGCAACCAUUCUUUGCACACCUGCAUUCACACAAAGUGUCCCUGUUUUGUGUCAUUUGCAUGCUGUCAUACAUCACUCCCCAAGCCAUGUUUUCCUUCCAACAAAGAAUGUAUGGUUAGCUUGAUGAUGAAUGUGCUAGAAGUUGAAAAGAUCUACUUCUAAGGAAGUCCCUUUCAAAUUGUUAAUCUAAAAUAUUCCUAUGGUGUAACCAGGAAGAAAGAGUGGGUGAUGCACAUGGAGAUCACCAUACACAAAUCCACCCCCUCCUAAGUGUUCAUAUGUGUAGACGUGAUGGCGGUAUAAUUCUGAACCUUUGAUAAUCUUUGGAAACAGAAGGUUGCUUUUAGUGCUGAUCCCCAUCUGGUGUCUGUAGCUGUUCUUCAGCUCUUCCUGUGUUGGUUAUAUGGAUACAGGACCUGAGCCUAAUUGUGUCACGAGUUUCUAGUGCAACAUCUCUGAUAUGUCACCCUGAAACAAGAAACAAGGCCCUUGCCAUCCUUAUGACAGCGCAACCCUGUGGAUUUAGAAUUUUUGUACAAGCCAUGUGUCUACCCAUUUCUUCAUGGAAAUUGUGCUUGAUGGCAGCGUAGACCCCGUGAUGGGUUAUGCUAAUCAUGAUGGGAGCCAAUGUCAUGCAAGCUGCCUAAUGCACAGUCCCAAAAACUCACUUUUGUGUGUGUAAUUAGAUGCUGAACAAAAAAGAACAUAUCACAUCAAAACCUGUGGCUCGAAUGUGAGAUUUGUGGGUGCUGGCCCCAAUUUAAGUUUUGAUAACUUUUUUUCCAAGCUAGUCUUUCUAAUGUUAUUUUUAAUUUGUCUUUGCCAAACUCUGAUAGUGACAAAAUAUAGUUUUCUUCCAGCACAGUCACACAAUAGCCAAACUAUUGUUACAUAGCACAUCAACUUUACCAUUAUUCCUUUGAGUCAGUGGGACAAUGCCCCAACUCCUUAUAACUACCCUAUGAGAUGAAUGAGACUCACUCUCAGGUAAGUACGUAUAGAAUUGCAGCUGACUUACUUUGUGACUAGUGCUAUAGACUAUUAGUUAAACACAGUGCAAGCUGGGCUGCCUGUGGAUGGAUGGUGUUACUACAAGAAAUUCCCCAUGCAGAACAAAGUAGGUAGAAGGAAGAGUGGAAGAGGAUAUCCCCCUUCUUCUCCCUCUUCUUCCCACCUCUCCCUCGCUCCCUGUCCCCCCCCCCCACACACACACAUACAUAUGCACCUUCAAAGGAGCCUAACUAUGUUAAAUGCUUUCUCCACUUGUCAAGAGAUUGCAAUCAUGCCCCUCCUCUCAUUAAACAGCAAUUUUAAUUUCCUAGCAUUGCUGAGAAUUUGCCUUGGCACACCCCUUACUGUUCUUGUGUUUGGCAUACGUCUAGGAUUUUUUGUUGCCAUGCAAAUGAAUUAUGAAUUAUGGUUAAUUUCAUCAUAACCACACAGUACCAGGGUAGGAAAGAACCACCUUUUCACUUAAUGAGUACAGCCAAGUGAUUAAGAGUAAAUAAAGCUCCUGCGAACAAAUUGAGAGGAUGUUAAUGUAUGCAUAAAAUUGAUGUUUAAAGCUAGCUGGCUCAGAUAUAACAUUGCUGCUACUUACGCUAAAAAGAAAAUGCUGUAAUUGUGCCAUUACAAGUUCAUGCUCCAUCACUCUCUUAUGCUCCCUGAGUGUGGUUUCUUUCAACCAAAUGUUUAUUUUCUAUCAGCAUCCAGGCAAGAAUCUCCGAAACUGAAGAAUAUGAUGGUGGAGGCCUCUUAUUAAGGCUUUCCUCUAAUGCUUUUUCGCUUUUCAAAUCACCUUUUCCUAGUUGCCUUUAGCUCUACACUGAGACCUAUUUCUUUCCUAAUUGUGCCAGCCCUUUCACAAUAUUAAAUUAUAUAUAUAUAAUUCCACUUUAACUGCCAUGGCAAUAUCAUAUGGAAUCCUUUGGAACUUCUAGUGCCUCCGAUCAAACUGCAAACCUCAGGAUUCCAUAGGAUGUAGCCAUAGCAGCAGGUAUCAUUGUAUUAUUAUAAUUAUGUAGUGUGACAGGACUCUUUACAAGUGUGCCUGUGUGAGAUUUGUGAGACUUCAUUCACAUGUUGGAGAGAGACUCCAAGCUCAGAAAGUUGUAUUUUUACUAUAACUUCCAGCAUUUAUUAGCCAACACGACUGCUGCUGUGUGUAUGAGAGAGUAAUCUGGAAGUGGAAAACCAGGAGAAUUAUUCAAUCAAAAAUUCCACUCCCCAAUUUUUUUUGUUGGUGUUGAAUAUAAUGGCUAGAAGUGGUGGUGAAACACAAGUGGCUGAUGUCUGGUAUAGUCUGAAUCUGAAAUAAUAGCAUUUGUCAUUGUGAUGUAUUUCAAAAUGUGAUCUUUCUCCUCUUGCAAUCUUCCCAGAUUCCUUUCCUUUCAUUUUUUGGAAGCUCUGCUAGUAAUCUGAUACAUGGAGUUUGGAUGGGAAGAGGAUUUUGGGGUUUUUUUGGUCAUUCAUAUAUUUCUAAACUAUAGCUAAAGUCCAUAGUGUUUAUGGGCCUUCACUUUUUCUUCUCCAUACAAUGGAAAUCCUCCUUUUCUAGGCAGAAUUCUAUUUUAAUUAAGGUAUUUUUCAAUGUGAGACUGAAUUCUUCUCCUAGAUUAAAACAUGCAUUGAGAUGUACAUAAGGAGCAUAUUUUAUUAUUUCCCAUAUUAAUAGUACAGUAUUUAUGUAUAACUAAAGGACUAGAAUCCCAAACUCCCUUGUCUGCGAAAAAUAAUCCUGCUGUCAUUUUCCACUGCAGCCCCAACAACUGAAAGCUGCUUGAAGCAGCUUGCUAACACUGGCCACAACUGUUAGAGGCCAUUGUGCAAGAUAUAUGAGUAAGGCUUGUUGCAACACCUAGAAUUGAAUUAAAUUCUGCCCAGUGCUUUGCAAUCCAAUGUUAUCAUUGGUCAAUUUUUCUACCACUGUAAUGCCACCUAAUCUCCAACACUAACACGAUGAGCAAGGAAAACGUAAGCCUGUCUGAGCAUUCCUUUUGUAAUGUGUUUAUUGGUACCUGUGUUCGACUCCCACCCCUCUUUUAAUUUUCAUAUCUUUCUAAACCAGUGAUCAAAUGGAAAAUGCAUACUUGCAAAUGGGAAAUGCUAGUUUAUUCAAUCUGAAUGUUCACUAUCUGCUUAGGGACCACUUGGAAUAAAAUGGUAAAAGUAUACUAGAUGACCCCCAUAGCAUAUGUCAUUACAAAUAUAAAUUAAAAUAUCAAAAAGUAUUUCUAAAGGGUCUUUCCACUAACUCUAAUCAUCUUUAUGAUAAUUUUUAAGUGGAACUUGUCAAUUAACAUCUUGAUUUUCUCCCUUAAUAAACAGACCCAAUUAUCACUCUAGGCCUGUGUAUAACAUAUUGAUUUGGGUUUCUUUUUUUGUUUUGAAAUCGGUUGUUAGAAACAAAAUUUCUCAAAGGGAAAUGGAAAUCUACCAACAAACUAAGCUAGAACAUUAAUUUGUACCUCUUUUCAAUUUAUAAUCUGCCGAUGCUUCUAUGGACACUUUGUAUGGGCUGCAGCACAGCUCCUAAAACAGCAAAUAAUUUUUUCCUUUCCCAUAUAGUACUCUCUUUUAUUUGAAUUUUAAAAUGCGUAUAAAUGCAAUAAUGCAGGUAGACUAGAAAUACUAGAUUGAAAAUUAAAGUAGUUUAGCUUGUCCCAUUGUGACCUACAGUGUUGUAUGACACCCAACGCUGUAUCCUAGCAUUCUCAAGGCUUUCCUACGUAGCUGAAUCUAGUAUUAGCUUUGAAAAUCCAUUGUGUGAAUGGCGGGUGGGUUGAUUGGAAAUGUGUACGCUUUACACACCGUAUGUUGUUUGCAUCAGAAGCUAUAUGGCCACUCCAUAUACUAUGGAACUGUAAAUGAUUCCCAAUAUACCUGUAACUCUUAUCAGGAUUGUGUGAAAUAAACUAUAUAUAUAUGUAUGUA